AUGUCUUUCUAUGAGAGGGGACUUUCGAGAGUUGCUUCCAGUUCACUGUUUGAUAGUGCGUCAGAAGCUUUCUACUCAAGAUUCAAGAACUUUAAGAGGAAAGAUGAAGAGUGCCAGGUGUUUGUGAGGAGAGUGGUUAACAGUAGGAUCUUCAAGUUGAUCAUGAUAGGCACCAUCUCACUCAACGCUGUGUUCAUGGUCCUGUGGACUGACUAUGACAUACGAUACCGCCUGUUCAGAGUCUUCGAGAUCUCAGAGAUCAUCUUUGUGUCCAUCUGCACCUCCGAGUUCUUCAUGAAGGUCUAUGUGGACCCCCUGGAGUACUGGAAGGAUGGCUACAACGUUCUGGAUGUGGUCAUCGUCAUCAUCAUCUUCAUCCCCUAUAUCCUCUGCAAGAUCAAGGGCAGACACUACCGCUACCUCAACAUGGCCGAUGGUCUACAGUCCCUGCGUAUCCUCAAGCUCAUCACCUACAGCCGAGGCAUCAGGACACUCAUCACUGCUGUGGGGCAGACAGUCUACACCGUGGCCUCUGUGCUGAUCCUGCUCUUCCUCCUCAUGUUCAUCUUCUCUAUCUUGGGCUUCUGCCUGUUUGGAAUUUCAGAGAAGGGUGACUUGGAAAACUGGGGAAACCUCGCUAUGGCUUUCUUCACCCUCUUCAGCUUGGCCACGGUGGAUGGCUGGACGAACCUGCAGAAACAGUUGGACAGCCAUUACUUUAUUGCGAGCCGGGCUUUCACCAUCACCUUCAUCAUGCUCGCCUCCUUCAUCUUCCUCAACAUGUUUGUGGGGGUGAUGAUCAUGCAUACUGAGGCUUCUAUCAAAAAGUUUAAACGACAGCUGCUGUUGGAGAGACAGGUGACACUUAUGGAGGAGAAGCAGGUGAUUCUAAAGCGACAGCAAGAGAAGGUCAGCCAGCUGAUGGAGACACAGAAAGAUUCUAGCAGGAGUUUCAGCGAGUUGGUGGAGAAUUUCAAGAAGACCCUGAGGCACACUGACCCUAUGGUCUUGGAUGAAUUUGGCACUAGUCUCGCCUUCGUUGACGUCUAUUUGUCCACUCUGGACAAUCAGGACACUACUAUUCACAAGCUUCAAGAGCUGUACUAUGAGAUUGUGAAUGUGCUAGCCCUGAUGCUUGAAGACUUGCCCCAGCAGAAGACGUCCCAGACCUCAGAAUUGGGCGAUUAG